GGAAGCGCUUGGGUCCAUAUUUUAGUGGCAAUUAAUAGAUGUUGAGUCCACGAUGAAAGUUGUGUAUUCAUUGAGGCAACCAACAAGCAGCUUUCUUCUUAUAAAUAUAUGUAAAAUAUAUAAAUUGAUUAACGAUGUGAUUGUAGUAAAAUUAAGAAAUAAUUCUCCCAAAACGGAUUUGGCUGGCAAUGGAUUUGUUUCAACAACUGACCACCGUUGACUGGCAACACGAAUCUUACCCCGCCUUUCCUGAUUUCUUUCUUCUUCCUUUCUUCGCCAUCUUCUUCCCUUCCCUUCGUUUCCUUCUCGACACCUUCAUUUUCCAGAAAUUGGCCAGACGAUUCAUUUUUGGAAAGGGACAUGAGGUACUUGAUAUUCAUACCGAUGAUAGUCGAAAGAAGAUUGGGAAAUUUAUGGAAUCAGCGUGGAAAUGCGUUUAUUUUCUAUCUGCGGAAAUUUUUGCGCUGGCAGUAACAUAUAACGAGCCUUGGUUUACUGAUACAAGUUAUUUUUGGGUUGGGCCAGGGGAUCAGAGAUGGCCAGAUCAAAAGAUUAAAUUGAAAUUGAAGGGAUUGUAUAUGUAUGGUGCUGGAUUUUAUUCAUACUCCAUACUUGCUUUAAUAUUCUGGGAAACGAGACGCUCUGACUUUGGGAUUUCCAUGACACACCAUGUUGCUUCUCUCAGUCUUAUUGUGUUAUCCUACACUUUUAGGUUUGUUCGAGUUGGAUCAGUUGUUUUAGCCCUUCAUGAUGCUACUGAUGUAUUUCUGGAGAUUGGGAAAAUGUCCAAAUACAGCGGCGCUGAAAAAAUGGCUAGCUUUGCUUUUAUUCUUUUUGUUUUGUCUUUCACCAUACUACGUGUCAUUUACUUCCCAUUCUGGGUUCUUCGAAGUACAAGCUCUGAAAUGGUUCCCACCUUGAAGUUAGGAAAGCAUUGGGUGGAUGGUUCAAUACAUUAUUAUGUAUUCAACACUCUUCUAUACUGCUUGCUUAUUCUUAAUAUUUAUUGGUGGGUGUUGAUCCUUCGAAUGCUUGUUCGUCAAAUCCGAGCUAAAGGAAAAGUUAGUGAAGAUAUUCGAUCUGAUUCCGAAGACGAACAUGAACAUGAAGAAUGAGCAUGACAACAAGUAUUGCGUUUGAAAUUGUACACAUUUUCUUACACAUAUUGUCACAUUUUAUGCGAUGACAAAGUAAAAUUAUAUGAAAAGAACGUGGCUUAUUUCAUGAAUGUAGAUGCUUCCUUAGUUAGAGAUAAUGGAUAUUAAAGCUUACGUUACAAGAACCUUUGCAACUCUCAUUCUCACUUGGUAAGUUGAAUGUGUGUGCUCUAAACAUGCAUCAACAUUCAAAAGAAGUAUGGUAGAGUCACAUUCUCAUUUCUUCACAAACAUACAUAAGUCUGUGUAGAUUUUUAGUUGUUCCAUAUGAAUUUCUUCCUCCAAGACUCCGUGUAAGAAUGGUUUGUAACAUCAAGUUGAUCUAUCUCUAAGUUUGGUUUUGUAGCUUGAUCAAUAAAUGAUCUAAUGGAUAUCAUCUUUACUACUAGUCAAAAUAUGUCUCAUGCGAA